AUGAGUCAUCAACCUCCAGUUUCCUGUAUUCCAAACACAGGCAAAAUGUCGAAAGCUAAAAAAGUUAUUGAAGAAGCGAAGGAAAAUAACAAUCCUGAAAUAGAUUUGGUUGAUAAAGGACUCUCUAGUUUGGACGAGAUACCUGGCUUGUUCAAUCUCGCCAACAUAACUCGCCUCUCCGUAAGCCACAACAAGAUCCAAGUAGUUCCGGCUGCUCUUGCAAACCUUGCAAACUUGGAAAUCCUGAAUCUUGCCAACAACUACAUCACUGAACUACCUGUCAGUCUAUCUUCCCUGCCGAAGCUCCGUAUCCUCAAUGUAUCUCUCAACAGACUCAAUGGUUUACCGAGAGGCUUUGGUUCAUUCCCUGUUCUGGAAAUCCUGGACCUGACAUACAAUAAUCUAAAUGAGAAGAAUCUACCUGGAAAUUUCUUUAUCAUGGAUAGUCUCCGUGCAUUGUACCUCGGUGAUAAUGACUUCGAAUAUUUGCCUGCUGAAAUUGGUAACUUGAAGAACUUACAAAUUCUAUCAAUGCGCGAAAACGAUUUGAUUGAAGUGCCCCGUGAGCUUGGUCAGCUGGCUCGCUUGAGGGAACUGCAUCUACAAGGCAACAGGCUUGUUGUAUUACCACCUGAAAUUGGUUCUCUCGACUUGGCCAGCAACAAAUCAGUGUUGCGUUUAGAAGGCAACUUCUGGGUGCCACACAUUGAGGACCAGCUCAAGUUGGGACCCUCACACGUGCUCGAUUAUCUGCGCUCUGAGACCUUCAAAGUCUUAUACAGUCGGCACAUGUCAGCAAAACCGGCCCCGCCGCCUCAGACGCUGGAUAAGAGCAAGAAAGCUAGCAGAGCUGCCUAG